UAUGUCUGUGUUUAUUUUUCAGUGGCCGAUUACUAAGGUCUGUUAUCAAAAUGGCAGCAACCGCGGCAACGAACCCCUCGCAGCUUUUACCUCUCGAGCUGGUGGAUAAAUGCAUCGGUUCACGCAUUCACAUCGUCAUGAAGAACGAUAAAGAGAUCGUGGGAACUCUGCUCGGAUUUGAUGACUUCGUCAACAUGGUUCUUGAGGAUGUGACAGAGUUUGAAAUCACUCCAGAAGGAAGAAGAAUCACAAAGCUGGAUCAGAUUCUACUCAAUGGCAAUAAUAUCACAAUGUUGAUUCCAGGAGGAGAAGGACCAGAAGUUUAAGAAAUGUGUAGCACCUUCCACAAAA